CGAAAAUCAAGUUGCCCUUAGUGCAAUUUGGCUUUGGUUUUGGUAUAAAUUGAUACAAACAGUGACACGAUUUAUCAGUUCUUUGGCAGAUUUUUAAAGAACAACUCCAGAUUCUACAAUGGCUUUCAAGUUUGUUGUUUUCUGUUCCCUGCUGGUCUACGCUAGUGCUGGACUAAUUGGCGCUCCUCUUGCUCCUGCUGCAGUCGCUUAUACUGCACCAGCAUUGACAGCUGCACCCCUCCAAUACACAGCACCAGCAUUGACAUCACAAUCAUCAAACAUCUAUCGCAGCUUUGGAAACCUUGGCCAAAUAUCUACCUACUCCAAAUCAAUCGAUACACCCUUUUCAAGCGUGAGGAAAUCUGAUGUAAGAAUCUCAAAUCCUGGUGUACAACUGACCGCAGCCGAACACGUAGCUCAUCCUCUUCUAGGGGUAGCGUAUUCAGCUGCCCCUGCUGUAUCCCACGUCAAUUACGUUACUGGCUAUGCCCAUUAUGCUUUUUAAUAGGUUUAUUUUGUUAUUGUAUAUAAUUUGUAUUUAUUUAUGGUGACAAAUAAAAAAA